AUAAGUGGGAGGGUGGUACGGGGUAGAUGCUAGAGUAACUAGCCCUGCGCCCAUUGCAUUCAAAGUUAAGAAGAAUAUUAACAUCAAAAGCGUGUGUGCUGGGAUCCUAGACCGGCCGCUGGGCCGUCUAUGCGCCGUCUGCGGCUGCGCCUUGCUCGGCUGCGCCGCAGGAUGCUGUACGAGGCCCAGCUGGUGGCGCAGCAGGCGUGCGGCGGCUGCGACCAGUUCCCCGAGACGGAGCAGCCCGUCUGGCUGCUGGGCACCAAGUACGCGGCCGGCGAGAACCGCGACGCGCUCACCGCAGACUUCCGCACGCGCAUCUGGAUGACGUACAGGCGCGGCUUCCCUUCGAUCGGCAUCGACGGGCCGACGACCGACCGUGGCUGGGGCUGCAUGCUGCGCUGCGGCCAGAUGGUGCUGGCCGAGGCGCUGCAGCGGCUGCAGCUGGGCCGCGCCUGGAGCUGGGUGCCAGGCACCCGCCAAGCCGACUACCUCCGGCUGAUGGCGCUGUUCGCCGACCGCGGCGACGCGCCGUACUCGAUCCACCAGAUUGCGUUGACCGGCGAGCGGACGGCCGGUAAGCCGGUCGGCACCUGGUUCGGCCCCAACACGGUGGCGCAGGCGCUGCGCCACGUGGCGGCGCACGACACGUGGCUGCAGCCGGUGCUGCACGUGGCCAUGGACUCGUGCGUGGUGCGCGACGAAGUGCGCCGUGAUUGCCGGGGCACGAGCGGCGCCUGGCGGCGGCCGCUGCUGCUGGUGGUGCCGCUGCGGCUGGGCCUCAGUGAGCUGAACCCUGUGUACGCGUCCGGCGUGCGGGCUUGCUUCACCGUGCCCCACGUGGUGGGCAUCAUAGGCGGCACCCCCAACCACGCGCUCUACUUCGUGGGCUGCGUGGACGACCGGCUGGUGUACCUGGACCCGCACACCACCCAGCCGGCGGCGGAGGUGGGCAGCAAGCGGACCGACUGGGAGGAGCAGGCGGACCGGAGCUACCACUGCGGCGGGCCGUGCUUCAUGCGGCUGGCGGACAUCGACCCGUCACUGGCCGUCGCCUUCCUCUGCCGGGACGAGGCCGAGUUCGACU